AUGGAGACCCUGGAAGGAGCUGAACUCUGCUUUCCACACCUCCUCAACACCUCCUGCAGGAAGCCAAAGCCUCCAAGCUCUGAAGCCAUGAUCCUUCACAUCCUACAGUCCUCCAUCUCUCUGCUCACUGUAGCUCUCAACCUGCUGGUCAUCAUCGCCAUCUCCCACUACAGGCAGCUGCACACCACCACCAACCUCCUCCUCCUCUCUCUGGCUGUCUCAGACCUCCUCGUGGGCCUCCUUACCAUGCCAUCUCAGAUCCUCCUCAUAGGAGCCUGCUGGCUCCUGGGUGACUUCAUGUGUACUGUAUAUUAUCUUGUAAACUUUACCAUCAUCUCUUCCUCAGUAGGAAACAUGGUGCUCAUAUCAAUUGAUCGCUAUAUGGCAAUUUGUGACCCUCUGUGUUACCCCACCAAAGUCACUCUGAGGAGAGUUAAAAUCUGUGUUUGUCUGUGUUGGAUCUGCUCUGCUUCCUAUGGUUGUCUGGGUGUAAAGGAUCUCUUCAGAGAACCAGGGAGGUAUAAUUCAUGCCAUGGAGAGUGUAUGGUUGUCACCAAUUAUAUCAUAGGAGUUAGUGACUUUUUUAUUACGUUUUUUGUCCCCAUUACUGUGAUAGUAGUUCUGUAUAUGAGAGUGUUUGUGGUGGCUGUGUCUCAGGCUCGUGCCAUGAGAUCCCACAUUGUGUCUGUCACUCUGCAGCCUUCAAGGACUGUAACUGCUAAGAAAUCUGAGCUGAAAGCAGCCAGGACUCUUGGUGUUGUUGUCGCUUUGUUUCUGAUGUGUUUUUGUCCGUAUUACCUUCCUACUGUGGUGGGCCACGACACAAAGAUUUCUGCUUCAUCUGCUGCCUUUGUGCUCUGGCUGCUGUAUAUUAACUCCUGUCUAAACCCUGUGAUCUAUGCUCUUUUCUACCCGUGGUUUAGAAAAUCUGUUAAACUGAUUGUUACACUUCAGAUCCUGCAGCCUGGCUCCUGUGAGGCUGUUUGA